ACCUCUCCCCUUUCACGUAGUUUUCAUUUGUGGUGAGAUUCUCUCCCAGGCCACAAGACAUUUCCUGCUCGGAACCUUGUUUACUAAUUUCCACUGCUUUUAAGGCCCUGCACUGAAAAUGCAAGCUCAGGCGCCGGUGGUCGUUGUGACCCAACCUGGAGUCGGUCCCGGUCCGGCCCCCCAGAACUCCAACUGGCAGACAGGCAUGUGUGACUGUUUCAGCGACUGCGGAGUCUGUCUCUGUGGCACAUUUUGUUUCCCGUGCCUUGGGUGUCAAGUUGCAGCUGAUAUGAAUGAAUGCUGUCUGUGUGGAACAAGCGUCGCAAUGAGGACUCUCUACAGGACCCGAUAUGGCAUCCCUGGAUCUAUUUGUGAUGACUAUAUGGCAACUCUUUGCUGUCCUCAUUGUACUCUUUGCCAAAUCAAGAGAGAUAUCAACAGAAGGAGAGCCAUGCGUACUUUCUAAAAACUGAUGGUGAAAAGCUCUUACCGAAGCAACAAAAUUCAGCAGACACCUCUUCAGCUUGAGUUCUUCACCAUCUUUUGCAACUGAAAUAUGAUGGAUAUGUUUAAGUACAACUGAUGGCAUGAAAAAAACCAAAUUUUUGAUUUAUUAUAAAUGAAUGUUGUCCCUGAGCUUAGCUAAAUGGUGCAACUUAGUUUCUCCUUGCUUUCAUAUUAUCGAAUUUCCUGGCUUAUAAACUUUUUAAAUUACAUUUGAAAUAUAAACCAAAUGAAAUAUUUUACUGAUAAGAUUCUUCAUGCUUCUUUGCUCUCCUUAAAAUGUCUUUUUCACUAGUUAGUUCCAAGGGUCAGUCUCAUAAUUUUGUUCUUAUACUUCAAUUUCCUUUUUCUUUUUUUUUUUUUAAUAGAGUAGGGGGGGGGGUCUUUCUUUCUUUUUUUUUUUUUUUUUUUUGAGAUAGAGUCUUGCUCUGUUGCCCAGGCUGGAGUGCAGUGGCGUGAUCUCAGCUCACUGCAACCUCCCCCUCCUGGAUACAAGCGAUUCUGCUGCCUCAGUCUCCCGAGUAGCUGGGAUUACAGGUUCCCGCCACCAUGCUCAGCUAAUUUUUGUAUUUUUAGUAGAGAUGGGGUUUCACUAUCUUGGUCAGGCUGGUCUCGAACUCCUGACCUCGUGAUCCACCUGCCUCGGCAUCGCAAAAUGCUGGGAUUACAGGCAUGAGCCGCCGCGUCCAGCCUAGAGUUGGGGGUCUUUCUAUGUUGCCCAGGCUGGUCUUGAACUCCAGGCCUCUAGCAAGCCUCUCAUCUCAGCCUCCCAAGGUGCUGGAAUUACAGGUGUGAGCCACUGCACCAUACUUUGGUUUCUUAGCAGGAGAUUUUGGUCCACAGUAACCCAGCUCUCUUUCAUCUAAGAACUUUAGAUGAGAAAAAAAAAAAAUAGACUACAGAUAACUAUUCCCAGGCAGUUAUGGUACAUUUAGCCAACACUUUUGCCUCUUCUCAUGUUAUCUGUUAGUAUUAAUGCUGACAAAGCAAGAUUUUAUACGAAACAACACACCAAGCCUUGCUUUUCCACUGCAUUCCUCAGGAGGUUGUUUAUUGUGUUGUUGAUUUUCUUUCCCUUUUGAAUAUGAGAUAUCAGAGUAAGAAAAGUCUGAUCAGAGUUUUCUGAAAACUCUUAUCAGAGUAAGAAAAAUUUGAUCAAUGAUCAAAUUCAGUGACUCAAUUUUGGUUAAAUUUUAUCCAUCAAUAGAUGGAUAAAAGUGUAAAAUGAUUUUUUUCACAUUUCUUGUCCCAUUUGAUCCAUCAGCAUCAUUUUGCCCUGAUGAAAAUCUCACUUCCUAAUCUCCCCUAGUUCUCCUCCUACACUUCUGAUUCCAUUUCAUUUGUUGGGGUGGGGGAAGUAAGGGGCAAAACUAUUUAUCUUAUACACUUAUUGUGAGAUCUCAGUGAGACAAAAUGUCAAAGCACCUGGAACUUAGUAGGCACUCAACAAAUUCAAGCACUCUGCCCUUUCCUCCACUUACCCUAUAGCUGUGGGUGCUUUGCAGGGUUCUAGGUUGAGUCCACUCCUUUCACAUCUCACGUUCCUAGAUAGCAUCAUCUACUCCCAUGGUUCUAACUGCCUCUUAGGACCCCAAAGUCUGUACUUCCAGUUUCUCCCUUACUAUUGAUCUUCAGAAUGUCUCUCUUGCUAGCUGUGAAAAUGAGUCCAUCUGGAUGUCCCCUAGACCUUGUCUACCCAACAGGUCCAAUAAUAUCACUUAGUUGUUCAAGGUGAAAAAUCCAGGUACCAAUGACCCCUGAAUUGCCUCAUCGCACCUUUCUCCUUUGCCCCGAUAUCCAAUCAGACACCCACUCUGUCACCGAUACUCCACUUGAAAGCCCCAAGGGGUGAUCUAUUUUGUUUGCUGCUGUAUUCCCAGUGCCUAGAACAAUGCCUGACACCAGUAGGUAUCUACUCAAUCAAUCAUUUAUUGAAUGAAUUAAUCUGUCCUCUCCUCUUUGCUGACAUAAAUGUAGUCCAAACCUUAUUACCUCUUUGGCAAAUCAUGUUCAUACCCUCUAAACUAACCUUCCUGCCUCUAGAAACUCCAGCUUCCCUUGCCUUCUCUCCAGUCCAUCCUAUACACUG